UAUAGUUAUCUCUGAGUUCUGAAGCUAGCACCUCUCCUCUCUCUUUCUCUCUCCCUCCAUCUAUCUAGCUAUGGUGUCUUUUCAAGCUCAACCCCUUUCACCAAACCAGAAGAAAUCAAGCACAGACUCUGAGAAUUCAUGCAAGAAGAGAAAGUGGGAUAACCCUUUUCCUUUUGUGGAACAACUGCUCGAAAAGCGUUCGAAACCAGCUGAUCAGAUCAGGCCAAAGUCCUUUGAUGUUGAGCUCCAACUCGAGACUCCAUUGCCUAUGGAGUGGCAACGAUGCCUUGAUAUUCAGUCGGGCCAGAUACACUUUUACAACACAAGGACACAGAUGAAGACUUCAAGAGAUCCAAGGGGGAGUACUCCUGAACCACCAAUCACUAAUCACAUGAGCUUAGACCUUGAGCUCAACCUGAGAUGCGACUCCCAGCCUCAUCCAGAGAUUUCACCAAACAGCUUCAGGGCACUAUUCAAGAAUAACUCAUCAAGGUUGGGGCUAGAACUUGAUCAUGACCAAGAGAUGGUGGCAACUGUGUGCAUGAGGUGUCAUAUGUUGGUCAUGCUGUGCAAGUCUUCACCUGCUUGCCCAAAUUGCAAGUAUAUGCACACACCUGAUCAGAGUCCCCCAACUCUAUUCAAGCCAAUGAGUCAAGGUCAUGCAGCUUCAUCAUGCGCUAGUAAGAUCAAAGCAUGGUACUAA